GAGAAUCCCUGUAGUAUUGACUUCCUAUUGUCAUCAAACAUUCAAUAUAAAUGUCUCAAGGCGCUGCAUAAAGUUGGCUACUUUCUUAAUUCUCAUCAAGCAAUGCAGCAGAAAAUAGAACCAAGAAGAUGAAGGCAAUGGAAAUGUCAGGGCUCCAUUCGCUCUUUGGUUUACUGCUAUGCAGUUUAACUCUUCUACUUCUUGUUCAAGCCCAGGAUCAGUCAGGCUUCAUUAGUUUAGACUGUGGAACGCCAGAGGGUACGAGUUACACCGAAACAACAACCACGAUUGACUAUGUUUCUGAUGCACCCUACAUAAACAGUGGUGUAAGUGGAAGUGUAGCUUCAGUCUAUGGAAACACCUUCCAACAGCAAAUGAGGAAACUUAGAAGCUUUCCCCAAGGAAUUAGAAAUUGUUACAAUGUAAGCGUUAAAAAAGAUACCAAAUACUUGAUUCGAGCAAGUUUCUUAUAUGGGAAUUAUGAUGGCCUGAAUUCUCUACCGAUGUUUGAUCUCUAUAUCGGGAAUAGCUUAUGGGAGACAAUUAACGUCACAAAAGUGGGUACUAACGUUUUGAAAGAUCUAAUACAUAUUACCUCCUCAAACAAAGUUCACAUCUGUCUGAUCAACACAGGAAAUGGGGUGCCAUUUAUCUCAGCCUUAGAAUUUAGACCUUUACUUAAUGUCACUUAUCAAACAGCCGCAGGGUCCUUAUCACUGGAUUAUCGAUUGGACGUCGGUUCAACUGGAAAUCAAACAUACAGGUUCCCUUUUGAUGUUUAUGAUCGGAUGUGGGCACCAUUUAACUUCAAAGAGUGGACACAAGUGAGCACCAAUCGAACUGUAGAUGAAACUGAUCACAACAAUCACCAACCACCAUCCAUUGUCAUGCAAACUGCUUCCUCCCGACUAAAUGCAAGCGAUCCACUGGAAAUUUGGUGGGAUACAGAAGAUUCAUCUGAAUAUUAUGCAUUCAUCCACGUUGCUGAAGUUGAAGAGCUUCGAGGCAACCAGAGUAGAGGAUUCAAUAUCAUGCACAAUGGGGAUCUUUUUUAUGGACCUGUAAUUCCAAGUUAUUUAUCCACUCUGACCAUUUUUGGCAAUAAACCAUUGGAUGCAGCAGAUAGACAUACAUUUUCUUUUACUCCAAUUGAAAAUGCAACGCUUCCUCCCAUCGUUAAUGCUUUCGAGGUAUAUAUAGUGAAAGAUAUAUCAGAGCUUGAGGCAGACAAAGGAGAUGUGGAAGCAAUUACCAAUAUCAAGUCAACCUAUGGGGUAAAGAAAGAUUGGCAAGCAGAUCCAUGCAUGCCGAUGGGAUAUCCCUGGAGUGGAUUAAAUUGUAGCAAUGAAGCGGCACCAAGAAUCAUAUCCUUGAACUUAUCUGCAAGUGGACUGAACGGUGAAAUAUCUUCCUACAUAUCCAGUCUAACCAUGUUGCAAACUUUGGACUUGUCAAACAAUAAUUUGACAGGACAUGUGCCUGAUUUCCUGUCUAGUUUGUCACACCUCAAAACUCUGAACCUAGGGAACAACAAGCUCUCAGGUCCAAUUCCAGCUGAGCUUUUGAAAAGAUCCAAUGAUGGAUCACUAUCAUUAAGUGUGGGAGGUAACCAAAAUCUGGAAGGAUGUGCAUCAGAUCCUUGUCCAAAGAAUGAGGAGAAAAAAAACAACAUCAUCAUUCCAAUUGUAGCAUCAAUUGGUGGAUUCCUAGUUGUUGUCACAAUUGUUGCAAUAACCUUUUGGAUCAUUAAAUCUCGAAAGAAACAACAAGGUAAAAAUGUUGUCUCAGUGGUGGAUAAGUCAGGAACCAACAGUCCGUUAGGUACUUCAUUGGAGGUGAGAAGCCGACAAUUUACUUAUUCUGAGGUGGUGAAAAUGACCAACAAUUUCAAAAAAGUUCUGGGUAAAGGAGGUUUCGGGGAGGUCUACUAUGGUGUCAUUGACGAAAUUGAAGUGGCAGUGAAGAUGUUGUCUUUAUCAUCAUCACAAGGAUAUCGGCAAUUUCAAGCAGAGGUUACCCUUCUUAUGAGAGUUCACCAUAGGAACUUGACCAGCCUUGUUGGAUAUUUGAACGAAGAAAACCACCUUGGCCUCAUUUACGAGUACAUGGCGAAUGGAGAUUUGGCCGAACAUCUUUCAGCAGAGAGGAGUGUACGUAUCAUAAGCUGGGAAGAUAGACUUCGAAUAGCUAUGGAUGCAGCUCAAGGACUAGAGUACCUGCAUUACGGUUGUAAGCCACCCAUUGUCCACAGAGAUGUGAAAACAACAAACAUCUUGUUGACAGAUAAUUUCCAAGGCAAGCUUGCAGAUUUUGGUCUUUCCAAAAGCUUCCCCACAGAUGGCAACACCCACAUGUCCACCGUUGUUGCUGGAACUCCUGGUUACCUUGAUCCAGAGUACUACGUAUCAAACAGGCUAACAGAGAAAAGCGAUGUAUACAGCUUUGGGAUAGCUCUAUUAGAGAUAAUAAGUUGCAAACCAGUAAUAUCAAGAACAGGAGAUACACCACAUAUAGCUAAAUGGGUUACGUCUUUGCUAGCGCUAGGAGAUAUUCAGAGCAUAGUGGAUCCAAGAUUAGAAGGGCAGUAUGAAAGAAACUCUGUUUGGAAGACGGUGGAAGUGGCAAUGGCUUGUGUAGCGGCAAAUUCCAGUAGAAGGCCGACGAUGAGCGACGUUGUGGCGGAACUCAAAGAUUGCUUAGCUACAGCAUUGAGUCGGAAUCAUGAGAAUGGUUCGCUCGAAUCAACAAAUUUCGGUGAAAGGAGGUCCAUCUCUAUAGGAAUCAAUGCUUCCGAUUCAAGUCCUGUGGCGAGGUGAAUAUGGAAUUAUCGUACUUGAAAAUAUGGAUAAUUUCUUCGGUGGGCCUUCUUCAUCUUCUUCUGGGAUCUAUUUCUCGAAGGAGAUUUGUAUUGUAAUUGUUAUCAAAUUUGUAAACUUUCAGUUCUUCAUUUUUUACAAACAAAACUUGAAGGUUGUGUUUAGUUUCUUCAUGCUUCGUAUAAAUUUGGUUAGUGUACUCUUACAUUUUGAAUAAGAUAAGCUUCAACUUUCC